CACACGCACUAUAGCAAAAAUUCUCUCAAAAAUUAAAAAGUGUGAUUUAGCAGUGAUACCUAAUACUAAUGAAUGUCAGCGCUCACGUACAAUGACAUUUCUAAAUGAGCAUAUGAUAUUUUUGUAUUAUAUUGCAUACAGCUGGACUUGAAAUAUAAACAUUUCUAAUCUCUCCGUGUUGGAAUCUCCUUCAAACUUUUAAGGAUAAAACUAUUCAUGCCUUUCCUCCAGGCUCGGUUAUUGGGAGGUAAUACCAAAGGCCUUCAUGGCCACCAUCCAUCCAAUCUCAUGUCUAGAAUGCUUUGCUACUGUUCCGGUUAGAAAAUAUUAAAAAUGCAAAAUUUGGGACCCCCACUCCUACCUACCGAUUCCGACCUGCAUUUUAGCAGGACCCCCAGUGAUUCUUACACGUUCGAGUUUGAAGCGAGUUACUUUAACAGAACAGGUCUUGUCCAGAGAAACAGUCCCGCUAUACUCCCAACAAUAGCAAUAGCUGGGAAUUGACAAUGAGGUUUAAAAACAAAAAUCCCGAGCCUGGGAAGCACCAAACGGGGCCAAAGAAUUCCGUUCGGCGGUUCUAGUCCUCAGAAAUACACAAGCAGCCACCCACCCCAAGAACAGUAAAUCCGGGCAGCUCCGGCUUCCGGAAUCCACGGCCCCGCCGCGCACGCGCAGAUCCUGGAGCAGGGGGUUGCGCGAUAGCCUAGGCCGCUCCGCAGGCGCAGGCUUUGGGUAGGCCUGCCCUGGAAUUUUGAGGCUCCCUCCGGAUGAAUAUUGAGCUUUCCGUGCAACCGGGAAUCUCGGGGUUACAGCAGUGAGGAGGCCACAGCUCGAGACCCCAAACUCCAUGAGACUCUCCCAACUUUGCUCACUCCCUGAGAGAUUUCAUACAGAUUCAUGGCUUUAAAAACUUACUGAUGUCCAAAAAUGAUUGAGAUAGAGCAGGCGGAGGCCCAGCUCUCUGAGUUAGAUCUGCUAGCCAGCAUGUUCCCUGGUGAAAAUGAGCUAAUAGUGAAUGACCAGUUGGCUUUAGCAGAACUGAAAGAUUGUGUUGAGAAGAAGACAAUGGAGGGCCGAUCUUCGAAAGUUUACUUUACUAUCAAUAUGCACCUGGAUGUAUCUCAGGAAGCAAUGGUGAUGUUUUCUCUGGCCUGUAUCCUUCCCUUUCAAUAUCCUGAAGUCCUGCCUGAAAUUACUGUCAGAUCAGUAUUGUUAAGUAGAUCCCAGCAGACUCAGCUGAACACAGAUCUGACUACAUACCUGCAAAAGAAUUGCUGUGGGGAUGUCUGUAUACUGAAUGCCACAGAAUGGGUUAGAGAACAUGCCUCUGGUUACAUCAGCAGAGAUGUCCCAUGUUCCCCUCCCACAGGAAGUACAGUACAGUCAGUCGAUCUUAUUUUCACUAGACUCUGGAUCUAUAGCCACCACAUCUACAACAAAUGCAAAAGAAAGAAUAUUCUAGAAUGGACGAAGGAGCUUUCUCUGUCUGGGUUCAGCAUGCCUGGGAAACCUGGUGUUGUUUGUGUGGAAGGUCCACAAAGUGCCUGUGAAGAAUUCUGGUCAAGACUCAGAAAAUUAAACUGGAAGAGAAUUUUAAUUCGCCAUCGAGAAGAUGUUACUUUUGAUAGUACAGGUGAUGAAAUGGAAAAACUAAAAAAGUUUUCCACUUUUGAAGAAAAAGUGUUCAGCGUUAAUGGAGCCAGAGGGAACCACAUGGACUUCGGUGAACUCUAUCAGUUCUUAAAUGCCAAAGGAUGUGGGAAUGUUUUCCAGAUGCUCUUUGGUGUGGAAGGACAAUGAAGAGAAGUACUUUGUCACUGUUAGCCUUUUAAUUUUUGUCCCAUUCUUUCUUAAAAGUUAAGUAAUUUUGAGGAUCAGCAGUUGGCGUAAUGGCUGUCACUGGACUCCCAUGUAGUCAACCACAGUUCAUUUACUGGACCCGG